AUGGAGGCGUUCGUUGGUGACGGUAUAGAUGGGCCUGAAAAUAGCGGAGAUGGACAUGAAAAUACCGGGUUUGAAGAGGGUGAUUAUGACAAUGAUGAUUACGAUUAUGAUGGUAUAAGUGAGUUGAUCAACAAAGAAUAUCCUAACGAUUGGGAUCCAUUUAUUGUCAUGAGAUCUGUAGAAACAUCGACUGGUCCAUCAGGAAAUGUUGGUCCAUCAAGUAGACCUAUGGACAUUGCGAAUGAAAGUCCACGAGAAGGCAACUUUGGGAGAGCUGACAUCAUGGUAAAUGACGUUCAUCAAGCAAUGGUUUUUGGGCAAAAUGAUGCUAUUUUAGUGGACGCGGAACCGUGUAGAGAUAAUGUUCAAGGGUCUAAUAGCGAGGGACCACGAGCAUGUGAGUUACCCGAAAUGGUUUUAGCGGAGCUCAAUGUGACUGUUUCCUACAUUAAGGCAUGGAAUGCUAAGGAGUCGGCUAUUUGUGAGCGACGAGGAAGUGAGGAAGGGGCAUCUAUAGCUGGGUACCCAUACCUACGAAAAGUAGUUGUGAUAGAUGGGACACAGAUGAAGGGGAGAUGCCAAGGCUGUUUAGUUGCCGCCAGUGGACAAGAUGGAAAUAUGCAAGUAUAUCCACUAGCGUUUGGGGUCGUGGACAAUGAGAAUAUUAAUAGCUGGGUUUGGUUUCUUGAGAAACUCUCGGAAUUUGUUAAACACGAGGAAGAUCUUGUGUUUUUGUCAGACCGACAUGCGGCAAUAAACGCAGCGCUUAGCAAGGUUUAUCCAUUGGCUCACCAUGGCGCUUGUGUUGUACAUUUGCAUAGAAACGUGAAAUCUAAUUUUCAAUGCGAACGGCUAGCAGGCAUGGUUUCAAAUGCAGCGAGGGCGUUUACUGAACGUGACUUCAACUAUUGGUGUAAGGAAGUUCAAAGUCGUAAACAGCAAUGUGUUAAAUAUCUGGAAGAUAUUGGUCUACCACAUUGGACGCUUUAUCACUGUCCGAAAAGAAGAUACAAUCUAAUGAGCAGCAAUAUUUCGGAGUCCUUGAAUGCUGCAAUGUUGAAAGCAGUAGAUUAUCCAAUAGUAGCUAUGGGGGAGUUUAUAAGGGCAAUGUUGAUGCGUUGGUUUUAUUUGCGUCGUAAACAUUCGGGGAAAACAAAAACAAGAUGUACGCCAGAGGUGGAACUUAUAUUACUCGAUAAUCUCGAAGAUGCAGUUGGUUGUGCUGUUUUGUCUGCUAGUGACUGGGUUUAUCAAGUGAAUGAUAGUAAGGAAUAUAUAUUUGAAGUCGACUUGGAGAACAAAACAUGUAGCUGUCGGGCGUUUGAUGUGUUGAUGAUUCCAUGCUGCCACGCUUUGGCUGCUGUGGGCGUGAGGAAGCUCGAUCAUUAUUCACUGCUGGGCUGGUGUUACUUUGUAGAUGUUUGGCAGAAAAAAUAUGACCAACUAAUUCAGCCUAUAUCGCGCGAAGAGGACGUAAACGUACCUGAAGAUAUAAGGGAAAAAGAUAUUGGACCUCCCAAAACAAAAUGUCCUGGAGGGAGACCAAAGAAAAAGAGGAUUCCAUCAAAAGGAGAAGGAAAUGGGAAACGAAACCAAAAAAAAGAAGAAGAUGACUAG